CACCCUGGGCAGGUCUGUGCCAUAGACACUGCCUGGGUGCUCCUUUAUAUACAGCACAUCUUUCUGGAGUGAGACAUUGGAAGGCAGUGGAAGACCUUGUGUCCUGUUGAGCUCCCCCAUGGCUUCAGAGUCAGCUGGCCACCCUGCUGGGAAAAGACCCUGCAAGAUGCAAGCCUUCAGAAUCUGGGAUACUAACCAGAAGACCUUCUACCUGAGGAACAACCAGCUCAUUGCUGGGUACUUACAAGGACCAAAUACCAAACUAGAAGAAAAGAUAGACAUGGUGCCUAUUGACUUUCGGAAUGUGUUCUUGGGCAUCCACGGGGGCAAGCUGUGCCUGUCUUGUGUCAAGUCUGGAGAUGACACCAAGCUCCAGCUGGAGGAGGUUAACAUCACUGAUCUGAACAAGAACAAAGAAGAAGACAAGCGCUUUACCUUCAUCCGCUCCGAGACAGGCCCUACCACCAGCUUCGAAUCACUUGCCUGUCCAGGAUGGUUCCUCUGCACAACACUAGAGGCUGAUCAUCCCGUGAGCCUCACCAACACACCAAAAGAGCCCUGUACAGUCACAAAGUUCUACUUCCAGGAAGACCAAUAGCACUGCCUCGGCCUGUCCUUCCCCACUCCCAGGCCAGCAAUGACCACCAACUGCCUGAUCACUCUGGCCAUCAUUGGGGUCUGAGGAACAAUUUUUGCAGGGUGUACAGUAGAAGGAGACAGAAGAGUCCUGAUGAUAGAUCUCUGCCUUCAGUCUGUUGGCUAACCCAAUCCCCAUGAUGAUUUCAGAAUAAUCUUUCAAACUGCAUCAUGGCAGGCCUUUUCUUAUUGCCUCUGCCCUCUGGGUGAAGUCUAGACCACUUGCUUGGCCUAGGUGUCUUCUGUUCUCUCUCUCUCUCUCUCUCUCUCUCUCUCUCUCUCUCUCUCUCUCUCACACACACACACACACACACACACAUACACACACACACACACACUCUGACACUUUUUGUUUUAUCCAUUGUCCUGCAUGUCCACAGUCCAGACCAAUCAAGUCACUUGACAAUCCCCCAAGUGGCUCCUUCCCCUUGUUUUAUAGACCUGUGCCAGUCUAUGGGGAUGGUUUUUAUUCUCCUUGUUAUUCAUUUUGGGGUUUUUUGGAGUUUCUUUGUUUUUCGUUUUUUUGGGUUUUGGGGCUUUUUGGAUGCUUGGGAUGAAACCCACCAGGGCAUCACAUCUACUAAGUUUGAGUUCUACCGCCAUGGUCUGCUUCCCCUCAGCUUUAAGGAUGUAGAAAAGAGAAAUUAAGGAUCUCAAAGUUAUUUCAUUAGGCCAGCCUUAUUCCAUGUGGGAGAGAGGCUUCUUGUGGAAAUUAUGUGCUUUAUGAGGGGAGCUGGGGAUUCGAUGCUCCUGCAUUUGCGAAGUGGUUGUAAGCUUAGGAAAAUAGGCGGUAGGCUUUCCUCCUUUCCUUUUCUGUGUGAUGCCCCUAAACUGAAAAAGUAAAAUUUGGUGGACUGUAGUAUUCCCAUAAUCUCCCCACCACUUUUUUUUCUCUUUUGGAAAUCUCCAAUAUCCUGUAUUCCUCUGUCAAGCCCAAACACCAUCUUCACUCCAAACCUACCAGAGCUGCCUAAAGAGGUUCUCCACUAUCUCUGUGCAAACAUGGCUCUCAAGCCCUUCCUGAUGUGGUGAAUGAAUGAAUCUAUUGAUCAUUUCUUGACCAUUCAUUUUAUCACCUCUUUAAACUUGUGUCGAAGUAGCUAUGUUCCUGUCUGUUUCCUCUGCCAGACUAUGAGCUCUGGAGAGCAGGGAGCAUUGUGUGUGUGUGUGUGUGUGUGUGUGUGUGUGUGUGUGUGUGUGUUGGGUCCCUACAAGGAUGAGCACCCUCUUUGGCUCUUAGAAGGCACUCCCAGAGUAUGUGUUAUUUGUGCUCAUGGAAAUUUUCUUACUCCUCCUUGUGACUUUAGCUUUAUUUUACAAUAAAACAUUGAAAAUA